GUAAGGAGGAGUUGUUGGCCUGGCUGUGACCGAAGACUGAGGUGAUGCAACUCCUAACAAGUCAAUAUUGGCGGAAAGAAGCCAUAUAUGUCGAGCGCAGCCCGGCUUGAAGACUAGCGCUCCCGUCCACGCAUUGAAAAGUUUCUGGAUUAGGGCAGAAUUAGCACAAAGCAGCGACGCCACUCCAGCUACGCUCGCAAGCGACGCAGAAGAGGCACGGGCAGGACCGAGACGCUCGAGCGAACGCCACCUCAGAAAACUUCAAACUCCGGCAGCGAGAGGCGGACGAGUCCAUCCCAGAGAGAGAGCGAGAGAGAGCGAGAGAGGCAGCAGAGAGGCAGGGGAUCUUUGCCAACAAGGUCCUGAAGGAUGGAAGAGAAGCAGUUUGCUGGGAUCCUGAACGGAGCAGUUCCAGGCGAGCCAGUGAAGAAGGAUGAAAACUCCCGGAGAGGGAACUGGGGCAACCAGAUUGAGUUCGUCCUCACCAGCGUGGGCUAUGCUGUGGGCCUGGGCAACGUCUGGAGGUUUCCCUACCUCUGCUACAGAAAUGGAGGAGGUGCCUUCAUGUUACCAUACUUCAUCAUGCUGGUGUUCUGUGGCAUCCCCCUCUUCUUCCUCGAGCUGUCCUUCGGUCAGUUCGCCAGCCAGGGCUGUCUGGGAGUAUGGAAGAUCAGCCCUAUGUUCAAAGGUGUAGGCUACGGCAUGAUGGUGGUGUCCACCUACAUCGGGAUCUAUUACAACGUGGUCAUUUGCAUUGCCUUCUACUACUUUUUCAUGUCCAUGACAAACCUGCUGCCAUGGACUUACUGCAACAACCCCUGGAACACACCGGACUGCAGCGGGGUGGUGGGCAGCAGCCACCGGCUCAACGCCAGCCUGGCCAACGCUACCACGAGCCUGGUGGCAGGGGUGUCCGAGGUGGUCAACCGCACCAAGAGGACCAGCCCCAGUGAGGAGUACUGGAAACACUAUGUGUUGAACAUCUCUGAUGAUAUUGGAAACUUUGGAGAGGUCCGUCUCCCUAUCCUGGGCUGCCUGGCUGUGUCCUGGUUGGUCGUCUUCCUCUGUCUCAUCAGGGGCGUUAAAUCCUCUGGAAAGGUGGUGUACUUCACAGCCACGUUCCCCUACGUCGUUCUGACCAUCCUGUUCAUCCGUGGCAUCACCCUGGAUGGGGCCAUCAACGGCAUUAAGUACUACCUGACUCCACAGUGGCAGAAGGUCCUUGAUGCAAAGGUGUGGGGAGACGCAGCGUCGCAGAUCUUCUACUCCCUGGGCUGCGCCUGGGGGGGGCUCAUUACCAUGGCUUCCUAUAACAAGUUCCACAACAACUGUUUCAGAGACAGCAUCAUCAUCAGUAUAACCAACUGUGCGACCAGCGUGUAUGCCGGAUUUGUCAUUUUCUCCAUCCUGGGCUUCAUGGCGCACAACCUGAAUGUCCCCGUGUCGGAGGUGGCCGACCACGGCCCGGGCCUGGCCUUUGUGGCUUACCCAGAAGCCCUCACUCUGCUUCCCAUCUCGCCACUCUGGUCACUGCUCUUCUUCUUUAUGCUCAUCCUUCUGGGACUGGGGACUCAGUUCUGUCUGCUGGAGACUCUGGUGACGGCCAUCGUCGAUGAGAUCGGAACAGACUGGAUCAUCAGGAACAAGACCGUGGUCACACUGUCAGUGGCCAUCACUGGAUUCUUACUGGGCGUGCCUCUAACGACACAGGCAGGAAUCUAUUGGUUGCUGCUGAUGGACAACUAUGCUGCCAGUUUCUCUUUGGUCAUUAUCUCGUGCAUAAUGUGCAUCUGCGUCAUGUAUGUUUAUGGUCACAGGAACUACUUUAAAGACGUGGAGAUGAUGCUGGGCUUCCCUCCUCCUCUCUUCUUCAAAGUCUGCUGGAGAUUCAUCUCCCCUGUCAUUAUCUCUUUCAUCCUGAUCUUCACAGUGAUCCAGUACAAGCCCAUCACCUACAAUGACUACGUGUACCCCAGCUGGUCUCUGGCUAUCGGCUUCUCCAUGGCUCUGUCCUCGGUGGUCUGCAUACCCAUCUACGCCCUCUACAAGAUCUCGAGGUCCCCAGGAGCCACCUUCAGAGAGCGGUUGAAGUUCGCUUGCAAAUCACAUCCAAAGUGGGGCCCUGCCCUGCAGGAGCACCGGACAGGCCGCUACGCCCCCAUGGCCUCCGAAGACACUGUGGAGGCUCGCCCCCUCAAGGAGAAGGAGGAGCUGAAGGAAGAGCUGAAGGAGGAGGAGAAGGAGAAGGAGAGGAAGGAUGAGAUCAGCCUCACCAUCCAGGGAAGCAACGGCUCCACCAACACACACAACAACCCCAACCCCAGCGCAUAGACGGCACCCCGCUGUGUCAGCGCUACCGGGCCCGCCCCCCCUCCCGUGCCCCACAGUCUCCUCCUUCUCUUCCUCCCCUCUCCUCCCUACUCCUCCAUCCUCACCCUGCUUUCCCACAGUCCUCUGUGGGGGAGAUCCCAUUCACUGGAGACCUUUACAUAUUGUAAGGGCUUAUUAUAUCUGUCCUAUCCUCUUCUGUCUGUCUGUGUGUCGUCUCUAGAUCAACGAAGACAAAAACAAAAACGAAAGGAAGAAAAAAUUGGGUCAUCAUCCAAAAGAUUUGUGUGUAUGUUCGUGCGUGCGUGCGUGUGUGUGUGUGUGUGUGGGCGGGUUGUUAAUUUGUUACACAUAAUUUAAUAAUGCAGUUUGUUUUUCCUUUCCUUUUCUUUUUGUAAAACGUGUACAUGUCAUCUUCAUAUGCAGUUAGAGGUACAGUAGAUUGUGAAGCUGCAUGUGUUUGUUUUGUGCAUGCAGCAACAUAGAGACACACACUGUUCUCCUUUAUUCUGUUAGCUGGGUCUGUUUUGGGAUUGGUGACUUUCUAGCAGCGGCGAUUUGACAGCUGGAGACUUGUCGCGAUGUGGUUCACAGUGGUGCUGUAACAAAGAGGAGCAGGGUGAACUGUGCCUGGACUGGCCGUUUGCAGCGCGAUCAUGCUGAAAGACGCAAAUAGGCUCAAUUCUGCGACCAGAAAAAGAGGCGGAUACACACUCAUUCACACUCAUACACUCACACUAUUGUACAUUUUACAGCACACAGUGACCUCAACCAUAGUUGAUCUCAGCUUAAGACUAAGCCUGUUGUUUUUUAUGCUGCUUCUUCUUUAAAAAAAAAAAAAAAACCUUCUGCAGAGCACAAAUAUUUAACAAACACCCGAGUUGGCAACUGACACUUAGGGCUGAUUUUCUGUGGAAAAUUUCCUCCAUUUAUAACCUUUUUUUCCACUAAAGCUGCUUAAACUCAGCAGAGAAGUAUCAGUGAAGCGUACUGUAGUCUCUGCCUCCGCAUUCACACACACACACACACACACACACACACACACAUUUGUUUCCAGUUUUUGACAGAAGAGAUCCCCGUGCCCAUUUCUCAGGGUCCAAGUGAAGUUAAACGUUGUGGUUUAUAGCUGUUCCUUGCCUGUGGAAACCUUGACCAAGGUGGCCUGUUUAGAUUAUAGGGACCGAAACCACCUAAUUAUCCCCACACCUGCACACACACACACACACACACACAACAGGUGGAUGCAACUCUGUAUAUUGAAGUGCCAUCUCUUCUUAAGUCUUCCAGGCAUUCUUUCUGAGUGAAAUGCAUCUCGGGAUGCGGUCAGUGAAGGAGGAUCCGGGCUAGGGGACGUAGCUAGUGAAAGGAUCAUAGGUGUGUCAUAGUCUGUGUCUCCCGUGGGUUGUAGCAAUCUGCCCCAUUAAGGCAUGUUACCAAAAACAUAACCCGAGUUACCCGAGUCCUGCACAUGUUUUUGGUAACAUAUAUCUCAGAGAGAAUGGUAUAGUGUCUCUUCCAGUCAGUGGAACCUUUAAUGUAUUUACAGGCAUUUAUUUUAAAGCGCUGAGCCGAGCUGUGCUGCGACUGAGGCAGAAAGCAGAGGGAUGCAGCGUGUUUCCAGAAAAAUACGGAGCAAAAAUCCUUUGGAAUGAAUUGCGUAGUUUUAAAUGUAGCUGUAUAGUAUUGUUUUCUCAGUAGAAUUCUCCUUUUUACCUCUCAUUAUUGUAAAGUAACUUAGUAAAUAAUUAUGAAGACAGGAUAUGUUUAUUUUGUACAAAAAAUGAAAACUACAGAAUCAUAAUUAACCAUGUCUACCAUUCCUCGUCUGUGAGCUGAUUUGUUGCUGUUCAGCUGGAGGGUGUGAUAGGACAGAGAGGGGUCUUUUUUAGCAUGCAGGUUUGGGUUUCCCAAAAGUGAUUGGAAAGCAUCCGGGACAACUUUGUCGUAGUGUGGUGGCAGAUUAAUGGCAGUCUAAAUGCGGAACAAAUACAUGGAAAUGGUUAGGGGGUUUUUUUGUCAUCUAGACAGCCGUGUGACCAUCACAUCUUCCUCUGUCCUUUCGUCCUGAGGUUCUUUUUUGGACGCCUGCUCAGGUGGUAGUGAGAUGCGCUUAGCUUCACAGGCAGGGAGGGUUUUAGGGAUUGCAUCAGGUCUGGCUGUUUUGUUUCUUCACAACGUAGUUUCUGCUUUUUGUUCGUUCGUUUAAGUCAAAGCUACAGGGCUAUGAUAGCAGUAUGAGCACAGAACACAUUCACAUAAUAUACAAAAUGGUAUAACUAUUCUUCAUCCAGUCUUAUCAGGCUUUUCUGCACAAUUUCAGACUGAAUCCAUCCACUCUUGUCUUUCACCACUGUUCCCCUCAGUCACGUCCUUAGAAGAGGAUGGUGAUUCUGACAUGACGGUGCAGUUGCUCCUUUAAUCCACAAGAUGGGGUGAUGCUGACACUCAGGGCAGCAAAGGCACAACUGAGUUUUAACUGUGACCUCACUCCAGGCAGACCGGCAGGCUUCCUGCGGUAAACGUGUUCAGUGCCGAGAGAGUAACAACGAGAGGGAUCAGCGCUAAGCACAGAAGUUCAAAUACAGUGAAAGCGAUCACGAUAAGCACAGCGAGCAACGCAUUCUGAAACAAGCACACAUUUUAUUCCCAGGUUAUUUACAGGAGGGUUCUCAGAUUGUGGAAACGUACGCGGCAUCGGCGUCGGCGGAGACUUGUAGCUACGGUUGCUUAGUUAGCAGUGCAUUGUGACUUUUUUUGGUUUACUCGUAGACUAUUCACAUCAAACAUGACGUAUUUUGUAGUAGCGUUUAUUUUUAAUGAAAUUACUGCAAAACCAGGUGCUCUAUGAAACAACACUUUGUCACCAUCUACUAAAUACUCUAAAUACAUACUGCAUUGCUUCCUCUUGAGUAGAAUUUCCGAUCUAAGGAUCUUGAUGCUUUCUGAAUGAGGUUUUACUCGCUGAAGAAGGUGAACAUGAACUUCUUAUUCUCAGUGUAUAUUGGGGACAGCUUGUAGCUCAGACUGUUUGUGAUUGCCUGUCUCAUGUGUUCAUGCUGUAGUAAGUGAAGCUUAGCCACCGUGUUACCAUGCUAUAUAUCCCAGCCCUCACCACCUCUGCUGGCCCCACAACUCUUCCUCCCUUUGUACAGUAAUGUAAAAAAAUAUAUAAUCGGACUGUGUGUAUGUGUGUGUUUAUCUUUGCUUUUAUUUCGGGGCUGGGUAAGUGUGCUUUUUGCAGGUCGAGGGAGGGCGGGUGUUGUUUCAUUUUGGUUUUGUCAUUUUUCUUGUAGCGUAAUGUAGACGAUGUCAGGUGUACUGUGUACUCUGUGUGUAGUGGAUUAGCUCUUACUGCUGAGCCUGCAUGUAGAGCAGGCGUAGUGUCAGUAUUGAUGUCAAUGUACCUCUAACCUAUCAGAACUAGCCAAGUCCUAUUCUGCUAAUAAUAUACAGUCUAUCUUUUAAGAAAAAAAAAACAUUUUAUACUAAAAGAAGAGAAAGAAAACUACAUAUUUUAUCUUCAGAUUUUAAUCAUUGUUUAUUCAUGUUCAGUGACAUGUUUGUUUUUCAAUAGUAUUCAUAGCAAAAUGAAGACGAAGCCAGUUAAUAUUAAAAGCAUUUCCAAACAAAAAGCUUUGGAUCGAAACUUGAACUACAAAAGAAUUGUCAGCUUGUGGUGUAGAUGGCAGCUGCAGCGACAUGGCGAUGCCUUUUUUAAAACCGUGUCGCAUGAACUUAAAGCUGUAUUUUACGCGCUGCAGCGCCAACAGUCGGACAUCGCUGUUUGCCUUUAAUAUUCUGUGGCCCUUAACCCAAACAGUUUGGCUUUUUCUGUCUAGUUGUUGCAAAAUGUUAAAAAGUGAGCAAAAUCAAAACACCAAAAUGAAUUUUCAGCCAAGACUGAAUUAGCAUCAGGACCCAUUAACCCACAUUUUCAUUCUUGUGCAGCUCUGAUGCGUAGUAUCAGAACAUAUAUUGUUUUAGAUGGGCAAAAUAGGCAAUUUUAUGAUAUAUAUCAGACAAGGGUCCAGUAACCAUUAUAUUUUGAUUUUUUUUUCUCUUGUUAGUAAAGCAAACCUUCAAUUUUCUGGCUACCAAAAGAGUAAGACCCAUUUGGUCCUCCUGGAAGGCUAAAAGACACACGAGUGAUGAUUUAGUAUGACUUAGUAAUUGACCCAUGUCCUCAAAUACUGAUUAACUGUUGCCUAUUGUCAUCUUACACUGAGGUGGCUGCGCAGAAAGUCGCUGAUGUAGAAGAACGUGAAGGUUCGGACCAUUUUUAUACACAAUUUAACAGCACAACUGUUCUACUGUACUAAAAACAAAACUGUGAUUUUACCUUGUUUCUGUGGUUCUCUGUAAAUUACAGAACAUUACCUCUUGAAUUUCCUACUACUGCUCAUAUAAGAUUAAUCUCAUGUUUCAGCACUUUAAAGAAUCUUUUUUUUUAUAAGCAACAUGAAAAAAAUCUACGAUCAGAAUAAUAAUUCACACUUCCAUUUAAAUAAAAGAAAAAAAUACGUACGGUGGCAAAUGAUGUGUUGUUGCUAUGCCAGUAUGAAUUUUGUGAUGAGCGGAGUGGAGAGGAAAAGCACAAGUGAGAAAAGAGAACACAGUUCUUCUGGUAUUCUCUAUCAUAUCUAUCUGUCUAUCUAUCUAACCAUGUCUGUUCUUCUUGUUCUUCAACCUUUAGGGCCAAAAUCCAUUGAAAUGUCUUAGUCCUGUCAGCUGUAUAUCGUAAACUGUUGAAUUACAAAAUGGUAAAUAAAAUCUAUU